UUCUCUUUUAGAAAUAAUACGCUUCUAUUGAUUAAAUUAUUGUGUAGUUUUACUUAUUCAGUGUUUUAUAAGCUUGAAAUUAUGACAAAGGCUGUGAUUUUUGUUUUAUUUGCUUUUUGUUCAACUAUACUUGCUAACCCACUUUGGCCUUUCUAUUAUGAACAUGAUGGCAUUGAACACACUUAUUCAAUUGGCCUCGAAAUCGGAGAAAUGAAUUCCCAAGUUGGUCCAUUCCGCUUGUCCGUUUCGUUACUUAAAGAUAUUUCAAUAGGAGCGGUUUCUGAUUCAAAUCAUUUAUUGAACGAAUCUAUGAUCUUUGCAGGUUCUGCGUCGCACAAUUUUACGAUAAAAUCAGAUAUGCCAUUCAGUCAAGUUACUCAGAUGAGUUUUGAAUGGGAAAGCAUGGAUUCUUCGUAUGCUAAAGAUGUUAACUUUCAGACUGCUUACUUGACUGAAACUACACCAAACCAAACUCAUAUUACCAAGAAAUAUUGUAACAUUGAGAAUGCGUAUCCACAAAAUUGGGGUAGUAAAGGGGCCUCUCAAUGGCUAUACCGGUGUGAAUGAAUCUAGUUUGUUUGCAGCUAUUGAGACCUGCAAAACUAUAUGAAUUUAUCGAGUUAAUAUUAAUAAAUAAAAGUUUUUACUAAUCUGCAAAAA